AUGAUGAAGCCCCUUCAUGGGAAGGAUUCACAUCUCGUCUCAACCACAUCUCAAUACAACAGUCAUCAUCUCUCAUUCUCAACCUUUAGACAUCCAUCACCCGUUACUUUGUUUCCAGGUUAUUCAGCAAAUCUAAACCACCAACCAUGCAUUUCCCAAGCAUUCUCGCUAUCCUCGCCACCCUCAGCCUUGGUGUCGACGCUGCGUACCAUUGCAGAUGUAGAAUUACAAGCAAAACAAGCGAAUGCUGCACGAGUUUGA